AACGUUUCAAUGUAGCGGAAAGGAAAAUUGGAGCAACUCCCUUCAAACGGUCUCUUUGAUAGUUGGUACAGUCCAAAGCCCUCUAGCUCUUCCAGCUAAUGCUACUGUGCUAAUAGCACACAGAGGAAACUACCGGAAGGCAUUAUGGUGAACUUCGCAGCAGCGAUUCGUGAGCACUGGGUCAAUAUCCUGGUCCCUCUGGGUUUCGUCAUCGGGGUUUAUCUGGACCGAUGGAAUGACCAGAAACUCACAGCAUUCAGGAACAAGAGUGCUUUAUAUAGCAGGGAACUGAAGCCCGGUGAGGAAUACACCUGGAAGUGAGACUCCUGCAGUGAUAUUUAUUGGACCCUCUGCCUAGAAUGUGUAUAUUGUCUGUUCAUCCACCAUAUCUCUGAUUACGAGCAUGUUGGCGCAAUAAAUUGUGCAUUUAAUUCUGUAA